AUGUAUCCCAGGAUUAAAAACCUCGCGCUUUACACCUUCUCCAUCACGCUGCUGGCCUGGGUGUUUUACAUGAAGAAGGAGGCGAAGUUCGCAGCAUCGUCAGCAGAGCAGAAAGUGGAUGUGGUGGGUGACAGACUGCAGCCUCGUGUUCUGGACAGAGCUGAGCUCAGCAAGUGUUUGCCAAACUUGACCUUUGCCAAUUCUUCUCUCUCCCUCCCCGAGCCUCACCGCAUCUUCUUAACCUACAAGCACUGCAGGAACUUCUCGGUCCUGCUGAAGCCUUCCAGGUGUAGCAAGGAGAUGUUCCUCCUGCUGGCCAUCAAGUCUUCCCCCAUCAACGUGGACCGGCGUGUGGCCAUCAGGAACACGUGGGGCAAGGAGGUUUCCAUCGGGGGCAGGCACAUCAGGCUGGUGUUCCUCCUGGGGCGCUCCGAGGCCAAAAUCCAGCUGCAGCCCCUGCACCAGCUGCUGGCUUAUGAGAGCCAGGAGUUUGAUGACAUCUUGCAGUGGGAUUUUGUUGACAACUUCUUCAACCUGACCCUGAAGGAGCUGCAUUUCCUGCGCUGGUUCACGGAGGAUUGCCUGCACGCCCGGUUCGUGCUGAAGGGCGAUGAUGAUGUGUUUGUCAACACUUACAACAUCGUUGAGUUCCUCCGGGAGCUGGACCCUGAACAGGAUCUCUUUGUUGGGGACGUGAUCGCCAACGCCCGGCCCAUCAGGAACACCAAGGUCAAAUACUUUAUUCCAGAGCCCAUGUAUGGAGCCACCUUCUAUCCUCUCUAUGCAGGAGGAGGGGGAUAUGUGAUGUCCAGAGAGACAGUGCGCCGCCUCCAGAGCACCGCAGAGGGCAUGGAGCUCUUCCCCAUAGAUGAUGUGUUUGUGGGGAUGUGCCUGGCAAAGAUGUCACUGACCCCAAAGAACCACGCUGGCUUUAAGACUUUUGGGAUCCAGAGACCUUUCAAUCCUUUUGAUCCGUGCUUGUACAAAGAGCUGAUGGUUGUGCACAGACUGAACCCGACGGAGAUGUGGAUCAUGUGGACGCUGGUGAAGGAUGACAGCAUUAGGUGUGCGGUGUCAGUGACACACAGCUACAGCAGGGGCUGGAAAAGGAGCUACUGAUGAGCUCAAGUGCGAGUGUGGCUGGUGACAGGGUACUUGAACUAAAAAUCAGGUUGUGGUAGAAACGUGUCCAUUACUAACAGACUGCACUGGAGCUGUUGUAGUUUGGUUUGCAGUGAGUCUUUUUCUGUCAGGAGUCACUUGAAGCAGUUGAAUUGUCACAGGGUGGCUGGUGGCUUCCUGACACACAGCACAGGGGACUCUGCUCCCUCCAGCCGGACUGUGCCAGGGGAAGGAAGUCACAAAUGCCACCUGCACUGGUGUCUGACUGCCUGCCACAGUCAGUCUCAUAUGAGGAAGCCAGUGAUGAGUAACGAGUGACAGAGCAUUUGAAAUUUACUUGAAGGCACGGAAGAAAGGCCAGUACAUCCUGCUGGGUCUGCUGUCCCAGGGCAGCAACCCCACAGCUCCUACCAGUCAGCAGGAGAAAGGGAGUGGAGUGGGGAAGGAAAAGCUUCAAAAAUAUAUGGCUUUAACACAGCAGUGAUGAUGAUCUGAGGGACUGGGCUCUGCUUCCGGCCCUUUGGCUUUUACAGAAACUCACGACAGGUUUACAUGCACUGGAAACUUUAGCACAAACACUUUCUCACCUGGUUUGAGAGGAGCCAUGUGUCUUGAAUAAUCACAGUGAUAGGAAGAGUGGCUGUAGCUUCCCAUGUUAUGUGGGAGGUGUUUGGUUCGUUCUUGUUGUUGUAAUGUUGUGUAUAAAUAAAAUAGUUUUGAAAAGUAUUUACGUGGGAAUAUUCUUAGCUCUCCUGAAAGCUAAGAGCCCUAAAAGCCAGGGAAGGCUGAUAGCUGGUGCUGGGUAUUUGCA